AUGUCUGCUCCGGUGAAGGUAUUUGUGCUCAAACACGUUUUCAAAGAUGUUAGAAAUCUCAAAGAAAAUGAGUAUCAAUGCGGUCCUACAGAAGAACAUUUCAAUGUUUCAUGGAAAAUGUGCGUCGGUCGAAAAAAUGGAUAUCUCUCUUAUUAUUUGCGUUGCAAUCAACCAAAAACCACCGAAUGGUCGAUUACUAUUGAUUGGAAAGUCCGACUAAUCUCGAUAGGAGGAAAAAUAGAGAGAAGAAACAGCGAAUUGACGUAUGAGAGUAAUAGCAACUACACUAGUUGGGGAUGGGAUGAUUUUAUCAAAUGGAAAGAUAUGGAGAAGAAUUUCAUGACCGAUGGAAAUAUCACUAUUGAAAGUCAUAUUAAAAUCAGAAAAAUGACUGGAAUCACGAAGAAGAAGUUGAGGAAUUUCGACUCGAAAAUGAAUAUAUUCUCAGAUAUUGUAUUGACUGUGGAAAAUGAGAAAUUCUAUGUCUCGAAAUUGUUCCUCGCUUCACAAUCCACUUUCUUUGGCAAAUACUCAUUUGCUUUGGAAUCAUUUGCUAUUUGA